AUGGCAUCUCAUGUCUCGAUACAUCCCCACAAGAUGGUUUCCAUCGCCGAAGCGAUCGCAGCAGUCGCGGUUGGAUCUCUCCUGGACGCCGAUCACUUUGUUGCAGCUCGUGCUUUCAGUUUGCGAGCUGCGACGUCAUUAAACGAUCGCCCAUGGGGCCACUCGGUCACGUUUAUCAUUGCAGUCGCCUUGAUCGCGUGGAAAGCGCUUCCCGCACCAUUCAACCUCCGUGGAGCGGCGCUGCUAUUCGUGUGUUUACUAAGCCAUCAACUGCGCGAUUCGUUCCGUCGUGGUCUCUGGUUCGCUCCGCUUGGAUCGACCCCACCACUUCCAUAUUGGGUCUACCUCGUCCUGGAGGUUCUGGUUCCGCUGGGGGUCGGCACGUGGCUACGAUGUCACAGUCGGUACAUAGCUAUCCCAUCGCAACGUGCGACUCCGCAAGAUGCACCUGAAAUACACACGACGUUAAUCGUUUGA